UAGUCUUUGCUGAACUUAGACUGAAAAUUAGAAUACUUUCAUCAAGAAGAAAACAGACACAAGUAUUUUUGUAAGGAUGGCCCGUAUCUUGUGCAUUUUUGGACUUCUGUGUUUUGUACUGUGUUCUGUGGAAAAUACAGAAAUUGAAGACCUUUAUGGAAACCUGCAACUUCAACCAGAAUCCUUGCCUUAUGUGAAAAGAUUGCAAAACGGUCGGGAAUCAGAAAACAAAGAGAAUAUAUUAGAGCUGCUGCAUAAGCUCUCCAUAUCUGAAAAUGGAAUUACCCACCGAGAAUCCGAAGACUCAGAGGAGCAGAAAAAGAAUCGGCGUGGAGCAGGAAAUGGCAGCUCAACUCCCAAACCCUGCAGAUACCUCUACUGGAAAUCCUGGGCUUCCUGCUAAACUCAUCCUCUUUGGCCAGACCUGCAAACCUGAGACCUGAGAUGACAUGUUCAUUUUAAAGCCAAUUUAGCCCUUGACAUACUUGGUUCAUUUGACCCAAGAAAAGAAAAUUGGACUAUUCAUGCUCACAAAAUACUCUGAAUCAAUAAUCUACAUUUACUGCCUACAAAUGAAAACAAUGACCAUUAAAAAUCAAAUGUUUAGAGGGAUGAUCGCAGACCAUUUGUGAAUGUCCACUAAAAUGUAACCUGCCAUUAAAAGUUUUCUGAUAAAA